CCUCUUCUUCCCCAUCUCGAAAAUCAACCAUUAGAUCGAAAGCCUUUCAUGUCUCAGAGAACGGCCGUUCCCCAUUUCUCUUGUAUAGCUUUCGGCCUUCAUUCCCAUCUCCACGUCUCCAGUGAGAUGAACCCUAGCUCUGAUUGGUAGAACACGCCCCCAUCUUCGCUGCCCCAAUAUCCUCUCUCUUUAGAUCUUUCUCGUUACUGAAAAUUUUGGUAACCGGUUUCGUUCGGAUCUGAAGUAAUGGGUCUGAAGGGAUUCGUGGAGGGAGGCAUCGCUUCCAUCGUCGCUGGCUGCUCCACCCAUCCGCUCGAUCUCAUCAAGGUCCGAUUGCAGCUGCAGGGCGAAUCGGCGGCGGCGGCGCCCGCCCUCCGCCCUGCCCUAGCCUUCCCAGGCUCUAGCCCCAUUGCGAUCCCACAUUCCAACCCGUCCCUGCGCCGCCCUGGUUUCCUGUCCGUUGGCGCUCAGAUCCUUCGCGCUGAGGGUCCUUCCGCUCUUUUCUCCGGAAUCUCGGCCACCAUACUCCGCCAAACCCUCUACUCCACCACCCGCAUGGGUCUCUACGACAUCCUAAAGACCAAAAUGUCUUCCGAAGGCACGGCGGCGGCUCUACCGCUACACAAGAAGAUCGCGGCUGGUUUAAUAGCCGGUGCGGUGGGUGCGGCGGUUGGUAACCCCGCCGAUGUGGCGAUGGUGCGAAUGCAGGCGGACGGGCGGCUUCCGAUUGCAGAUCGCCGGAAUUAUCGAGGAGUGGUUGAUGCCCUAGGGCAGAUGGUACGCAGUGAAGGAUUGGGGUCUCUCUGGCGGGGCUCGGCGCUUACAGUGAACAGGGCGAUGAUCGUGACGGCUUCGCAGCUGGCGACUUAUGAUGAGGCCAAGGAGGCAAUUAUUGGGAGGAGAUUGUUACCUGAUGGAUUGCCGACGCACGUGGCGGCUAGUUUCGCGGCGGGAUUAGUGGCGGCGGUAGCAUCAAACCCGGUGGAUGUGGUUAAGACGCGGGUGAUGAAUAUGAGGGUUGAGAAAGGGAAGGCGCCUCCCUACACUGGGGCAAUCGACUGUGUGGUGAAGACGGUGAAGGCGGAGGGGCCGAUGGCUCUUUAUAAGGGAUUUAUUCCUACUGUUUCUCGUCAGGGUCCUUUCACCAUUGUCCUGUUCGUAACCCUAGAGCAGGUCCGGUCUCUCCUGAAGGAAUUCUAAGCAACUUACAUAGCUGCUUGCUCUGGCAUUUAAAUAAGACUGAUGAUGAUGAUGACGAUAAUAAAUUUCUGCUACUGAGCAUGAAGAUUUUAGUCUCUACGGGAAUUCAGGCACUGAUUUUCGUUUAAGAAUUAUUAGUUUAAGCACAAAGUUAGAUUUUUUUUUUUCUCAAUACUGCUAGAAGUUGCACCAAUCUCCGGCAGCUGCUUUACUCUUCGUUUUUUCUACAGUGAUUUCUCAUUUGUUCCACCCUAGUUGUUUGUUUUCCAUAUCUUCUAUUCAAUUAUUCUCUCUAAAUUACUGAAGUAUCGUUGAUGAGUUAAUUGAA